AUGGUUUCUAGCGAAGAAGAACCGGAGGUGAAACCGAAUGACCCGCUAACAUGGGAUGUCGAUAUGGAGAUUCAGUUGUUUUAUGCCAUGGCUAACCACAAGCCGGUCGGCAUAAACAAACAUUUUCACAUGGCAUGUAUUUGGGAAAAACUCUCAAAUUCCAUCACCAAAGAGAUAUCAACGCAAGAUAUUUGGAAGCAUUUAGAAAGUCUGUAUGAUUUAAAUUUAUUGGAAGAUACUGAGCCAAUACCAUUUCCGAAUCAUGAAAUACCGUUUAGUUUACCAGAGACCGAAUUUGGAUCACUAAUGAAACAAAAAUGUAAGGAGGCUAUAUUAGCGGACGAUAGUGAAGAUGGGAGGAGCCCUUCACCUAAGCCUUCGACACCUAGAAGCAGUUCUAGGGGCACUGCGUCUAAAGAUAGUACACCCAAAGGCAGCCGUAAGGACAGUGUGAGCGCACUGGCCACUAAAACACGCAAAGAGAGUGGCAGUUCCCAUGCCUCGACUGAUACACCCAGCAUCAAGUCGGAAAAAGAUUAUGAUCGCAGGAGAGAUUCUCGUGACUCAAACGCGUCAGGCCCGCGGGACAGUUCGAGCAGUAGAAAGUCAACAUCGCAAAGAGAAAAAGUUCCAAAGACCAAAGUUAGCUCAGUUGCAGCAUGGGACUCUCCACUAAUAGACGAAGAUGUCGGAUCGCGUCGUGGACGCAGAAGGGCUAACACCUCAACUCCUCCUGCAACGACACCAGCCAAGCGCAGGCGCACCUGA